UAAACAUGCGGAAGUUUUGGAGUGUUUGGCCAUGGAGUCAGAUAGUCACAAGGUGGUGUUUGAGAAAAAUGGUGUCUUUCUACACACUAGCACAAAGAGACAGCAUGAUGCAGACUCUAUGAUCCAAGGGAUUAUCCGUGUCAUUGAAAAGCCCUCGGAUGUGAUCCUGCAGUGGACCCCUGUAGAGGAGGAUGGAGAAUCAACACAGAUUGUCUACACUAAGAAAGAGUCCCCAAGUGGUGGCAUGUGCCGGUCUGAUGAAGAGUUGUUUGAUCCCGGGUAUGAGCCAGACUGGGCUGUAAUCAGCACUGUUGGGAGUAGAGUACGACCUCAGGAAGAGUCAACAGUUCACCUAAGGACUCUCGGUUAUUCAUGGUCUAUCCACAUGAUUCACAUGCACUUUCACACUCAUUUGAUGAACUUCAGUUGUUUGAUGAGAACUCCUCUGACUUGGUGUCUAGAUUUUUACAUGAUCCAUACUCUGCUACAUUUGGAGGCUUUUCCAAAGUUACAAACUUUUUCCGUGGCGCCCUGCGAACGCCAGAUGGACCCCACCAGAGGCCUUUAUCAGAGAUGGCAAUUGGUCUGGAAGACGAGCCAGGUUUUGAGGUCAUCACAUGUCAAGUGGAGCUGGGUGAGCGUCCAAUUGUUCAUCGUCAGACCCCAGUCACUGAGCAGGAGUGGGAAUCAUUCUUUGACCCUGAAGGUCAUGUUCUAGAUGCAGAAGGAUUGAAGAAGAGGAUCUUUGCUGGGGGUCUUAGCCCAGGUGUAAGAAAGGAAGCAUGGAAAUUUCUCCUUGGUUAUUAUUCUUGGGACAGCAAUACCGAAGAGAGAAAGAUGUUUGUCCGGCAAAAGGCAGAUGAGUAUUUCCGCAUGAAACUGCAAUGGAAAUCUGUAUCUGAAGACCAGGAGAAGAGGAAUUCUUUGCUAAGAGGUUACCGCAGCCUUAUCGAAAGAGACGUCAGUCGUACAGAUCGGAACAACAAGUUCUAUGAGGGGAAUGACAACCCAGGACUUGUUCUUCUCAACGAUGUAUUGAUGACCUACUGCAUGUUUAAUUUUGAUUUGGGUUAUGUGCAAGGAAUGAGUGACCUCCUCUCUCCUAUCCUAUAUGUCACACAGAAUGAAGUUGACUCGUUUUGGUGCUUUACAGGAUUCAUGGAACUUGUGCACCACAACUUUGAGGAAAGCCAAGAAAGCAUGAAGAAACAGCUGGCACAGUUGAACUUAUUGUUACGUGUCCUGGAUCCAGCUCUGUGUGAUUUCCUAGAUUCUAAAGAUUCUGGCAAUUUAAGUUUCUGCUUCAGGUGGCUUCUCAUCUGGUUUAAGAGAGAAUUCUCCUUCCAAGAUAUUCUUUUCCUGUGGGAGGUGCUGUGGACAGGUCUUCCUUGUCCAAACUUUCACCUUCUUGUUGGUUGUGGCAUUUUGGACCUGGAGAGGGAAGCACUGAUGAAUUCUGACUACGGUUUCAAUGAGAUCCUUAAACACAUUAACGAGCUGACCAUGAAGAUGAGUGUGGAGGACAUUCUGUGUCGGGCCGAAGCCCUGAAUCAGCAGCUGGCACACUGUCAGGACUUACCACUUAAUGUUAAAGAACUUAUUGGUUUGGCAGAAGUUAAAAGUCCAACUGCUAGCACAGAUACAGCCAGCCCUCCCCAACCUUUGUCACCCAGCCAGGUCAAUGAACUGGACCUCACUGACAGCGUGUCCCCCAGCCAGCCUGACAGCAGCAUUGAAAUCUUGCCCACUGAGGAUACUGCAACCUCACAAAGCCUCUCUCCUUGAUCAUUUGUCUUUUAACACAAACCACCAUUUAUUCUGAGGAUUAAUGUAUUGUCUGAUGUGUUCACUUACAUCAUGUGUAGAUUGUAUUUGAAUUGCACAAAUUACAGUUUACAUCAAUACCUUAUACUCUAUGGAAAAAAAUGUGCUUCUUAGAUAAGUUAUGUGACCUUAAAUGGAGCAUUUGACCACCCUAUAAUUAAUAAUUGAAUUAUUUUGAAUUAUGUUAAAAGUGGAUAUUUAAUAUACAAGCUAUUUUUAUAAACAAAUCAUUCAGAAGAUAUAACAGUAA